AUGUCAGAAACAAUAGCACUAGCGUCAAAAAGGACAAACGAAGAAGAAAUUAAUUGUUUACGUGAUCAUUUUAAAGAAAAUAUUCGAGUAUUGGAAAAUAUUGGACAACUUUCUUACAUAAUUAAAAUAUGUUUAGAUGAAUAUGAUGCAUCACUUACAUUUCAAUUAGAUAGUUCAUAUCCAAUUAAACCACCAGAGAUAAUAUUAACUGCUCCCCGGUUAACACCCGAACAGAUAUUAUCUGCAAGCAAAUAUUUACAAUCAUAUAGUCAAACAUUAAUUGGACAAGUAAUGGUAUUAAACAUUUACAAACAACUAUUAAAAUGGUUUGCUGAAAAUAACAUUCAGAUGGUUCGUAUAAGUGGUGAAAAAUCACCACAAAUAUUGUCAUCAGUCACAACAAAUGGCACAUCUUAUUUUAGUAAAAAAUCAAAUAUUAAUGGUAGAAGGAAUAGUAUUAGUGAAGAAAAUAAAGAAAAAACCUCAUCAAUGAAAAUAGUGGAUGAUAUUAUAUCAAGAAUACAAUUAGACACUAGACUAAAGAAAGAACAUUUUUCCAUCGGUUACAUUGAUCAAUUUUUGGGUGUACAAGAAAAAUUAUUUACAGAUUUUAACUUUGAGAUUGAUUUGAAAUGCUUAGAUAAUCGUUGUUCAACAAAAUUAUGUAUACCCAAACAUCGUAUUCAGUAUUUCAAAUAUCACAAUGAAAUAAUAUGGGAUAAAUGUACACGGACAGAUAAUAUAUCUGAUUCAACGUGUGGUCAACUAACACUAUACGAUAUUAUACAGCGGUUACCGCCAAUAAUUAAGGACAAUAAUUCAAAAACAAAUGACGAUAAUGAACGGUCAGUAAAAUCAUUGUGA